AUGGCCUCACCGGAGCCGCUGCGGCCGCGCCUGUGCCGCCUGGUCCGCGGCGAGCACGGCUACGGCUUCCACCUGCACGGCGAGAAGGGCCGCCGCGGGCAGUUCAUCCGGCGCGUGGAGCCCGGCUCCCCGGCCGAGGCGGCCGCGCUGCGAGCCGGAGACAGGCUGGUCGAGGUCAACGGCGUCAACGUGGAGGGCGAGACGCAUCACCAGGUGGUGCAGAGGAUCAAGGCUGUGGAAACGCAGACGCGGCUGCUGGUGGUGGACAAGGAGACGGACGAGGAGCUCCGCAGGCGGCAGCUGACCUGCACUGAGGAGAUGGCCCACCGAGGGCUUCCGCCCAUCCACGACCCCUGGGAGCCAAAGCCGGACUGGGCACGUGCCGGCAGCGUCGGCUCCAAGGCUGGCCAGAAGGAUGUCACUGGACCCCCCAGGGAGCUACGCCCUCGGCUCUGCCACCUGCGAAAGGGCCCCCAAGGCUACGGGUUCAACCUGCACAGUGACAAGUCCCGGCCGGGACAGUAUAUCCGCUCUGUGGACCCGGGCUCGCCUGCUGCUCACUCCGGCCUCCGCGCCCAGGACCGACUCAUCGAGGUGAACGGGCAGAAUGUGGAGGGGCUGCGCCACGCGGAGGUGGUCUCCAGCAUCAAGGCGCGAGAGGACGAGGCCCGGCUGCUGGUGGUGGACCCUGAGACGGACGAGCACUUCAGGCGGCUACGGGUCACACCUACCGAGGAGCAUGUGGAAGGUCCACUGCCGUCACCCGUCACCAACGGGACCAGCCCUGCCCAGGUGAGAGGCCGGGAGCGGACAGGGAGGGAGGAGGCCCAGGUCUCCAGCGGGUUUUCCAGCAGCUGGCUGCAGCUGGCUCCCACGACCCAUCUCCUCUGA